CUGUACCUGACAGACAGAUUUAAUCAUGUAUGAAAUUCUGACACCCUUUUUGCUUUCAAAGUAAGCACAAGGGACUACUUGGCCGCUGUGUAUCGUUAAAGGAGGUGAGGGUGUAAAGUUCCCCUUACUCAGUCCUCUUUAAAGAUAAAAACAAGUAAAGGUCGACUGUCCAAAACUGUCUUUUCUUGCUAACGCUAACUUACUUCUUCAGUAGUAGUUUUGGUGGUUGUUUCACCACCGUUACCUAGCAACCAGACUGCCUGUACAGCUGCCAGUCCGGCUCCAGACGUUCAGCGCGGCCGUGUAAGCUAGCUACAUUAUUAAUGAUGCCACAGAAACUAAACCUGUCCGAGAAACCAUAUGUCAAGAAAGAAAGAGACAGAAAUACUGUAGCUAGUUGCAAGAUAUUGUCAGGAGCAAGAGCAUGCCUGUGGAUCGGAUCAACUUGAAACUAACGCUGAAGGACAAGUUCAAAACCCGAGUGAAGAGAGGUUGACAUUUUCUGUCACAGACAAAGUGUCCAUGGAGGGAGAACCAGAGGAAUCAGAUGAGGAUGUUCAGGGAGAGGACAAACCCACUGUGCUGUGGGAGAAGUGCAUUCAGCAGAGCAUCUUUGUUGACCUAAGUGAGGAUGAAAGUCUCCACUUGAGUGAUUUGGAAAGCUCUUUAGCUUUACAUCUGUCCCAGGCAGAGUCUGCUGCCUCCGAGGCCAGCAUCCAUCUCAGUGCAGGGAGCGCGGAGCUGUCAGCCUUGGAUGUCACCUCCUCAGAGUCUAGUAUUGUCAGCAGUAAGAGUGAGAGGGUGGUAGGGAGCAAGACCAAGAGCAGCAUAUUGCAUGUGUCUGCCCAAAGACCAAACACCAUGCAAGAUGAGCCCUUAAACCAGGGGAAUGAGGACCCAGGGCAAAAUACUAGUGACGAGGAUCAGGACGACCUACCUUAUGAUGGUGACCUUGGAAGCCCCUACUUCAACCAGACAGCUAACUCUGAGGGCAGUAUGAGCUCUGAUGGAAGAGAAACUGUCCAUGCAAGUCCUGAUGGCCCUGGUUUGCUUGAAUGUAAUACAAGAGAUAGAGAUGAUACCAUUAAAUGCUUGGUUUCUGUUGAGCGUAAUACUGAGAAACCAGAAACUUUGUCGCAAGACAAUGCCAAAAAGGACAACUUUUUUGAUACUUCACGUAAGGUUGCUUCAUCAUGCCCCUGUCCUGCAGACAUUAACCAGUUGUUGCUGCGACACUUCUCCCAGGAGGAGUUGCUGCGGUCAGUUAGGCUGAUUGAGGCAGAGACCCUGCCGGAGGUGUCCCUGCUAGAGAGCGUGGAUGACACAGUUUUUAGCUGGGCUCCAACACACAACAGCACAACAAUUAAUAGUAACCACUCAGAGAGCCCUGCUUGUAAUUCUGAGAUUAAUCAGAGUUUCUGCUCUGGCAGGACUGUUGAAAAGAGUAAUACUGCAUCCACAAGUUCAAGUUUAGACGAUGAAGCAGAAAGGAAAAUUGAUAAUGUCACCUCUGCUGCUACUGACAGCAUUACAUCCAGCUCUGCAAGUAUAGACUCAAAACAGGGCAGUGAGGAUAAAAGUGCUGUAGAUGUAAGGAAGCAGGAAAAGGCCGAAGAGGAUGAUCAGGUUCAGAGAGUCCCACUUGUGCGCACCAGGUCUUUCAGCGAGAUGAAGUAUGGCCAAGGCCAAGUCCAUUACCCACUCCCUGAUUUCUCCAAGGUUGCCCCCAAGGUAAAAAUCCCCAAAGCUCCAAGUGGACUAGACAGACCAGUUCCUCAGAGCCCCAGCACCAUGCACAGAGCCCAGUCCUCUCCAGGGAUGUUAGAGGUGAUCAGCAGAAUCCUGGAGGAUUCAGUCCAGCCAUCAGAGAAGCCCUACAUCUUCAAAGACGAGGACAAAGAGACUCCUCCAGCACUUGUGCAUCACCUGCAGGCUGAAUAUGAUAAAUUACUAACCAAAUAUGCUGAGGCAGAGAACCUUAUAGAUCAAAUGAGACUAGGAACCAACGCUCAGCCCUCAUCAGAACUGAUGCUUUAUUUAGAGUGUGAUGAUGAUCCUCAGGGAAACCCUCAACCUGUAGUUGAGGGAAGCCAUCUUGGAUCCUUGGCUCCUCACCUUCCCCCAUCAGAAUACUUUGGUAAAAAAGGAGAAACAACCCCACACAGCAACAUUAAGGAGGUGAACACAGCUUCCUCCAGCCAGCCUGAAGAUGGUCCCAGUGAUGGGGAAAGAAUGACUACUGAGCUGAGAGACAUCAUCAGCCAGUUCAUGAAGAAGGUGGAAGAAUUCAAAUUGAGUGUAAGCAACAUGUCAGUGAGCACAGCAGAACAGCAAAUGAUGUUGAGGAGCAUUAUGGAGGCUCAGGACCAGCUGGAAAGAAAAUACAUCAGUAAGAAGGAAGAGCACAGAGCUCUGGAGAUGCAAAACUACAUGGGCCUGUCUAGGAACACUGGCACCUUUGACCCAAACAGGCUGGUCGAGGGAGACAUAUUCAGGAUAGGGAUGCACCUUGAGGACAUAAAGGAGAUGAUAGACAAAAACAUGUGUGAGCAGAUUUCUCCACCCCACUCAUCCUCCACUCCCACGCCCAUGAAAGAGAUGCUGCAUGUGAAGCCCAGUCCUCUCUGCAUGCCCACACCCUCACCUCCACCAUCCCUGCAUGAGGGACCAAGUGCAGGUUUUUCCACUGCGGGUUAUAAGAUGGAGACAUGGAAAGAGGAAGAAAAAGAAGAGGAAGUGACCAGUAAGGUCCAUGGAGAUGAUGGAUUACAGCAAAGCAGUGAACUCAUAACAAUUGACUGCCACCAUUCAAGUUUCAGGAGCUCACUGGGCUCUCUGGAGGGACUGGAAAUCCAGACAGCUGAGGCUGAAGAGGAGAAGAGCUCUGCCUUGUCAGAGGUGAUAGAUCACAGUAACAUUUUAGCAUACUUGAGUGGAACCAGCUCAUUCUCAAGACAGAGGCAGUGGACACCCAACAGCAGUAGCACCCCGGAUAGUGUCCUGAGCCCAGUGGGUGAAUGUGAUCUGGGUGAUUGUGUGAUUCUGGCUGUGGAUGUCUCCUCUUCCUCUGAUGCACCCAGAGACUCAGGCACCCACAGCCUCUCAGAGCCUCCUCUCAACACCUCAUCUGUAUCACAGAGGAUUCUGAGCCCAGAGACAGACAGUGGAUUUGGGAGCUCUUACUUGAAUCAAUCAGCUUCUGGAGCAUUUCAACCAAAUCUGCUCACAGAAAGUGAGCAGUCCCAGAAUGAUGGUUUGAGUAGCUCAGACAGUGAGGGCUCCUGCUCCAACCUGCAGACAGCCAUCCAUUCAUCUGUCCAAACACAGUCCUGUGGUGCAGCAGGGGCAUUGGAGCAGUGGGCGGAGAACACCACUAAGGAGCCUUCAGUCAGGCUGCAGUGUGAGCAAAUUCUUCACCACCAGCACCAUCACCACGUGUCUGAACCUGUACUCAGCACCACCAUGGAUACAAAAGAGAGGGGCAGCCCGCUGUACUCCUGCUCUUGUAAUAGUCAAGCUAUCCUGGCCUUGCAGUCAGAAGUAUCCAAGCUAAAGAAGGACCUGGAGGAAGGCUUGGUUCAGCUGCCUCACCUAACAGAGAAGAUGGACUAUCUCACCUUUAAAUACAGACAGGACCGCCAGGAGUGCAAGUCUAAAACCAGAUCCCGGACCCACCAUAGACCAGCCUGCAACAGUGUGUGGAAGCCAUCGAGUAGCAGACAGAAUCUGAGCAAUCUCAGUUCCAGUCAGGUGAGGAUAGAGGACUGGAUCUCCUCAGACAUGGAGCCCAGCAGGAGCAAAGGUACAGGCAGUGGUGACACAGCUGGCUCUGAGAUCAUGUUACAGUUCCACAAUUCUCCUGUAGGGAGCAGGCGAGGCAGUGGCAGUGUCCACUCCGCACCUGAGUUUCAAUAUAAACUUCAGGGGGCACUGCAAUUAAGCAAAGGGUCAGAGGGACACAGCUCGGUGAAAACCUCUGAUCUGACCAGAUCCACUUUAAAAGGAGGGAAGCCUUCUGACAGCCAUGCCAAGCAGAGACCACACAGGCUUCUCAUGUUUCCGUGGUCAGCAGCCAUCAUGGAGAGUUUUUACUCCAAGGAGAGGUGGUCUCUUUUCUCCUCUCCAAUUCUUCAGAAGCCCCUUCUCCAGGUCAGCUACGGCUCCUCCAGCAGCCUGCCUGCCAGCUAUAAAGUGAGGGAGCCGCCGCUGCAGUCCACGUCCCAUCACAGAAAGCUCUCCACCCAGUCAGACACGGCACUCCUGCCCAGCAAUGUGUACUUCCAGCGGACACUGUCCCCACUAUCAGUGCCCUCAAAGACAGGCAGCAGGACAGGCAGACGCAGGGGGAGCAAGGAGGAAGAAAUGAACAGGACUCUAGACCAGGCUAUUGAUGUGGCCCGCAGCAUGAAGAGGACCACUGACCGAAUGGCCAAGAGGCUGUCAGCUGACCUGGCCAAGGCUCAACUCCACAGGAAACUGCACAACAUGCAGCCACUAGGGGGCAGGAAACACCAAGCAUUAUAACAAUCAGGGUACAGAUCAGUUUACUCUGUAAUCAUCAAUUUGCCUAUGAUACCUGAUGCCUAUGUAGAAUAUAUCUUUGUUGGAUGAUAAGGGAUCAUAUAUAAAUUAUUUAAGGACCUGUUUGUGUUAAGUUAUUGCUUUUGUACAUGGUUGUAUAUUUUUAAUACAUAGAAUAGUCUGAAAUCACACUGUAAAAAUAAAAUUUGGAUUUUAUAACCUAA